AUGAGGCCUACAAACCCCCCCAGCAGUCAAUAUGGCUCGGAGUUUUAUAUCACUUACAAGAAGAUCUGCGGCGAACCAUACCCACGAGAUCGCUGCAUCAUUGCUUUCAGCAUCCUACUGGAAAUUGGACUAGGACAUUGGAUACAUAGUGUUCAGCAGGAGGACAUAGUCGAUCAAUUAUUGCCCAUGCAACUUGGACAGCUCGAGGACAAGUUUAGACAUAUUGUCGAACAAGGUGCCGAUACCACGAGAGGGAAAGGUGCCGACUUUGCGAAACAAUUCGAUGAAGCGCAAUGGAAAUAUUUCCCGGUCAUGUUCACACUCGACAUGGACAAGAACUUCUCCGAGAAGCGAGUAUUUCCUAUCUGCAAGAAAAAGGAAAUUGGACGGGGUGGACAGGCUCGAGUAUUCCAAAUCCUCGUGCAAGCCGAUUACAUCUCUUCAGAGCUCGAUUCUAGAUUGUCGAAAGACGAGCACACACGCUUCAAAGAUGAGGAGUUCGGCAUGUGCUUUCAGCUUGCGCUCAAGACCUUCGACAGUGCCCAGAUCUCGUACUGGGCGAAUGAGAAACAGGCCUUCACAGCUCUGCAACAACAACGGAACAAAGGCAUGAUACAGUGCUUAGGUUACUUUGCGAUACUACGUGGUACCACAACAGACGCAAAUCCUAGCUCGUUUCGGGAGAUGAACAUUCUACUAGAUUACUCCCCCCCAGAGAUCGAAGAAUUUUGGCGAUCGCUCAUCGAAGUUGUGGAUGCGCUCAAGGGCAUCCAUGAUCUCAAGACCCAGAAUGACCGAUAUCAUGGAUGGCACAACGACAUCAAACCUGAGAACGUUAUCGUGGUGAACGAUAAAUACAAACUUGCCGAUCCUGGCUUCGCCAAAUUCAAGAAGACGCUUGAGGAGAAAGAUGGCGAAUCAUUUCCUAAGAUCAUAGCUGAAGGUGGGACCACUACGUAUGCUGCUCCUGAACGCUCCGCACGGAAGAGUGGUUCGAAGGUGGCAGUGUCGCAAAGUGUAGACUUAUGGUCUAUCGGCUGCAUCUUUUCCAUGGCUGCUACGUGGAUCGUCUUGGGCUAUCAAGGCAUCAGGCAGUUCGACUACAUACGGCGACGCGCCAUCGGCGAUAUCGUUCGGCGUACACGCGAACAGGGCAGCGAGCCGACAAUCAUGGAGGGCGAUUUCUUUCAUGACGGAACCGACAUCCUUCCCGUCGUGAAAGAGUGGCACAAAUAUCUCCGUGCUUCGGUUCGCCAUACCGAUCACGUGACCAGGAAGAUGCUCGAUCUUACGGAGAAUGACUUGUUGGUUCGAAACCGGACCAUGUCUGCCAAAAAGCUAUAUCUUGGGCUCCAAGGGCUACUUGAAGGCUGUAAGAAGGAAAAGAUCCCGGAGGGUUGUGAAGAUCUACUCGCUGCGCUUCUUGCUCUCGACGAAAACGCAGACAGCGUGCCCGAUUCCAUAUCUAGUCAAGCCAACAUACCCGAGGCCGGCUCUGCACCUCGCGAGCAGAUACGCAAAUUCAUGGGUCGGUUAGAGGUCCCUGGCCAACUCCUAAAAACAGCGUCAAGAUUCGAGUCAUUAUCAAAGCUUUCUAUGACCAGACCGGUCGAAUCCAUAACCGACCCAAAGCACUCCCACACGUACAAGAACGGAUCCAUUGUCGUUCCAAGAGACCUCACCCAACAAUCCCCUGAGUAUAGUGGCAGGGAUCGACCUUUUUCUAUGCCGCCACGUCCCAUACAACAUCGAACCUCAACCUAUAUGUCGGUCAGAACGGAUGAUGGAAAGACUCCAGAUCCGAUCAAUGUCAUUCAGGCGCAUGAAAGAUUGUCCAAUCGCUCGUUUAAGGAUUUUUUGAGCUCAAAGGAAGACCAGUUCGUGAAGACCUACUUUGGCAAGAGAGACAUCAAAUUUCUUGUCGACAACUCCUCGAGCAUGAGACCAUACUGGGCCGAGGCAGUCUAUCUCUUGGAGACCCUCGUGUUGAUGGCUAAGAAAUCAGACAAGGACGGGAUGGACCUCUACUUCACAGUACCUAACCCAGGCAAGACGAACGAGAAAUCGUUCAAGGCCAGUCUCGAAGGCGAGAAAGAUGAAGCCAAAUACAGAAAGAUCAUGACGGACAAAGGUCCCAAGAACGGCAUAUGGACCGAGACAAAUAUCAUUGCGCCGAUUCGAAACAUAUUUAAUGAAUUUCUGAGUCCGGACCAGGGGCAGUCCAAAAGCAAACCCAGCUGGCGGAGAAAGACAUCAGAUGAACGAAAAGCGCUGACUCUGCUCAUCCUCACCAACGGUGCUUGGCAUGCUAUGAAAGACCCGGAUGCGAUCAACAGCUACAUCGAAGAGCUCCUGAAACACCUAACCGCCCAAGGUAUAAUCAAGAAUGACACAGACAGCUCCGAACGAUUUGUCAGUAUUGAAUUUAUACAAUUCGGGGACGAUCCUACAGUUACCGAACGUCUCCGGGCCCUUGACGAUGGCAUGGAGUUCAAAGGUUACCAGGACAUCAUCGACCACGAAAUGUUCUCUGUCAACGGCGACGUGAGGAAAAUGUUACUAGGAAGCUUCAACCCAUAUAUGGACGAGUCCAAGAAGAUCCGCCUUGCCUACGAGGACUCUCAAGACGCCCAGACGCCCACGACACAGCCAUCGCGUUAUUCACUGCCCUCUGGACCGCUGGGCAACGCUCAUUUGCAGGGAAACGUGCAGACUGCGAAUGGCUCACCGCUUGCACGUUUUCGUUCAUCAACGAACAGCACAGGAUCGACGGGUUAUUACACGCCGCCAUAG